AUGCCUCAUUUUACUUCAAUACAUGCUGAGUUAGAUUUAUGGGAAUUAUUUUGGGAAAACCAGUCAAGUAUUCCUUCAACUGUUGCUGGUACUUUAAAGUCCAUUGACAUGAGAGGUUUUCUAAAUAUAAGGACAGCAUUUAUAAUUUUAGGAACAAUUCCAAUAACAACUUGUGAAUGUGAAAGAAGUAUUUCAGUUAUACGUAGGCUAAAAACAUUCUCUAGAAGUAAUAUGAUUGAGUCUCGCUUUAACUCUUUAGCAUUAAUGUCCAUACAUCAAGAAAUUUUUCCAGAUGUUGAAAGAGUCAUUGACAUUUUUUCAAAGUCAGAAAUAAGUAAAAUGUCCAGAAGUGGAGGGCCAACCUUAGGCAAUAUUACUUUACACUCCAGAAAUGGAGGGCUAACCUUGGGCAAAAUGACACUUGAGGACAAUUUCUGUACAUUUUGUGGAAAUAAGAAAAAGGUUAAAGAAGAAGAGGAAGUAAAUAUUCGCAUAAAUGAAAAAUUUGCUCUUAGCGACUUUCAAAAGUAUAAAACUGUCGAGAGGAAAUCUAGGUUCAAAAGAAAAUCUUUUGCACCGAUAAUUUCCAAUGACUCUCUAAAAAAAAGUCGUUCUAUUGAGAAUGUAACAAUAAAUGUUGGUAUUAUGAAAGAUAAUGGUAAAGAUGAAAUUAACAUUGUGAGGGGAAGUAAAUUGCCUAUACAUGUCCCAAGGCAAGGUAAUGCAAAGAUGGUUUUUGAAAUCGCUUGUGGAAAACAUGCAGAUCAUAACCAAUUUUUUGAUUAUAACGAUAACUGGGUACUACUAUAUCCUGAUAAAAAAAAAGCUGAAUAUGUUCCAGGCACUAACUCUUUGUUUACAGUUGAAAAGUAUAAAGAAAGUUUAAACAAACCAUUUUCAAAGAUAGACUUAUAUCUGUGUAAGCAAAGUAUUUUAAAUCUAGAAAAUAAAGAAGUCGCCGAUUUAAAUAAUGACAGCUCUAUUUCGGAUUUAGAUAACUUCUGUUUUCAAUAUCAUAGUGAAGAUUUCAAUAAUAACACUUUGUCAAAUAAUUAUCUUGGAGAUUUUCCAGAAAAAUUAUCUAUUGAAAAUAAUCAAUCAUUUUCUUAUUUUGGUGUUGUUGACAGUAAAUCUGUAAAAAAUUUUAAAGAUAUUUCUUCACAACAAACAGCCAGUCAAUCUAGUUCAGGCGUCAGCUGCGGUCUUUGUCCUGUAUGUAAUCAAAGGUUUCCUUUUUCAGUGCUUGAACAACAUGCAGAUAAUUGUUUAAAAAAUAAAGAAAAGCAAAUAGUAUAUUUGAUUGAUUCUGAUGACUCAAUUGAUUUGACUAAUAGUUAUGAAAAAGAACAAGAUUUUGAUAAACCUGAGAAUAUAAAUGAUCUUAAAAAAAAGAUUCCAGUUUUAAUAAAACAACUCAGUGAUAUACAUGAUGGCGAUGUCAGAAUAAAUGUUCGUCGUCAAUUUGAAUUUGAAGACUUCCACAAAUUUUUUACUAAAAGUUGGAACAAGGAUAAAAUCCACAAUUUAUACAAGUUUUCAUUUGUUGGUGAGCCUGCUAUCGAUACAGGUGGAGUGUCUCGAGAAUUCUAUUCAGAAGCUUUAAAAUCAAUUAAAAUUAGGUUCUUUACUGGCGAUGAUUUGGUUGGCUAUGUACCAUCAUGUGGUAUUCUUAGUGUUGCAGAUGGCACAGUAAAAACUAUAGGCCAUUUAUUUGCAGCAUCUAUGGUGAAUGGCGGACCUGCACCUUUUUUUUUGUCCCCUUAGGUUUAUGAGCUUAUGGUGAAUGGCAUUUCAACUGCAGUACGGUGUUGUCCAAAGGCUUUAGAUGAAUCUUCAAAUUUAAAAAGUAUUUUUGAUAAAGUAAAAUAUCUCAUUUUCUUGCUAUUUCUGUGACAAAUAAAAAUAU